GCACACUUCUCAAAAUACUUCUUUCUCUGUCUCUGUCUCUCACCCCUUUUUCUUCUUCUCUUCUCCCUAAGCUCCAUAGACACUAAACCUCUCUUUUGACCUAAAUGUGUGAGAGAGAGGCCUGCUAAAGAUAAAAAGGGUAGACAUCAUUGAAGCUUCUUUACUUCUUUUUAAUUUCAGAAUCUCCCUUAAACCUACGCAUCUCCUCAUUUCAAGCUAAAAAACAUGGGUUGCUCUCAGAAACAUCUCACCUCAAUGCUCUUCUUCUACUUCUUUUGCUUCCUCUCUCUUUUCUCUCGCCCUUCUCUUUCCGCCACGUUUCUCGUCGACGGUGUCUCUGUCUGGAAAUCCCCCACUGUUCAUACCGGCGACUCUGUUAUUUUCAGACAUAAGUACGGAUACGAUCUCUACAUCUUCAGAAACAAAGAUGCAUUCAAUGUCUGCAACUUUACUCAAGCCACUCUUCUUACUAAACCUAAUUCCACUUCCUUCACGUGGUAUCCAUCAAGAACAGGCUCUUACUACUUUUCCUUCACAAACAACACAUCUCUUCCCAAAACAUGCCAACUCAACCAGAAGCUCACAGUCCAAGUCAUCCUCGCCGCGGCAUCACCGCCAUCGCAACCACCAGCAACUGCCCCUGUUCCGGUUUCGGAAGGAGGAGUGAUCUCAUCUCCUUCUUCUUACCCUUGGCCAUUAGGUCCUAGAGAAGGUUCAGCUUUCUCUCCGGGACCAUCCCCAUCAGAGAUCACGUCAGUGACAGUCCCUGGUAAAGACGGAGUUCCAUUCAUCAACAGUAAUCCGGCAGUUCCUCUUCCUACCGGAGAUGUCGACUCUACUUCCAUUAACCCUUUACCAACUUCCACUAAUUCAGCUCAUCAGGUACAUUCACAUUCACAUUAACAACAAUAAACAAAAACAUCAAUUCUUUUUCUAUACAAAACGAUUUGAUUUAAUAGAAAUGUUUGAUUGUGUGUGUGUGCAGGUGAUGAUGAUGACAUUAACGGUGAAGCUAGGUUUGUGUUGUGUAGCCAUGUUUCUUUUUCUUGUUCUGUAGAGAAACAGAGUUUUUAAUGGAAGAAUGAUUACAUUUCUGAUCUUAUUGUUAAUCCAACAACUUAGCUUUAGUGUUGUUGUGUAAUCAUUCUCUCUUUAGCUUUUCUGUUUCUGUCUCUCUUAAUGGUAGGGCUCUUGUUAGAAUCUUAGGGUUUAUGUUUAUUUUGAUGUGCAAUUUUUAUAAAAUCAAUGUGCCUUAGUUUUUGUUUCUUAGUUCGUGUCUUUCUUAUCUUUGUGGUCACCCAUUACUACUUUCACUCAUAUGUCUCAGAUUUCUUUUCAGAAAUUAAGCAUAUAGUAUGUUUAGCUUUAAUUGAGUUGUACUAUAUGUCCUAUCCUUUUCUUAUUUACCAACUAUUU